AUGCUUGCCAGAACCGAAACGGAAGAUGAAGCCAUCGACCUGGCAAAGUCGGUGAAACACGUUCAUGCUCAAGGCGGCUUUGAUAUUAUAAACUGGGUUUAUAAUUCCGCCAAAGUUUUGAAUGCGCUGAACGAAAGCCCGACGAGUGAGAAGUCCUUAAACCUAGCAGCCGACAUUACGACGGAGAAAGUCUUGGGAAUGUGGUGGAACACCUCAACCGACUGCUUUAACUUUAAAAUCUGCUGGACCAGGUUUGAAGCAGCACUGUUUGACGGAACCAGAGCACCUACCAAACGAGAACUUCUUCGGAUCCUGAUGAGUAUUUUUGAUCAAUUGGGACUCAUUUCGCAAUUCCUAAUGAUUCUCAAGGUUACACUCCAAGAAUUAUGGCGUAAGGGACCGAAAUGGGACGACCAGAUAGAAGGCAAGCAGCUCGACGAUUGGCAGACGUGGACAAAAUUGCUACCGACACUGGAGGAACUCCAAAUACCUCAAUGUUACCGCCAGAUCACAACAACUGGAGCCCAGAUUCAAAUGCACACAUUCGUGGACGCUGGAGAUAAAGGGAUGGCUGCAGUCGUGUAUCUACGGUUCGAAGAAAAUGGAACCAUCGAAUGUGCUUUAGUCGGGGCGAAAACACGGGUUGCACCAUUGAAGUACCUGUCAACGCCACGUUCGGAACUUUGGGCUGCUGUCAUCGGAGCUAGAUUAUCCAACAGCACUAUGAAGUCAUUGUCACUUUCAGUAUCGCAGCGCUUUUUCUGGUGCGACUCACGUAACGUAUUGUGCUGGUUACGUUCCGAUCACCGUCGUUACAGCCAGUAUGUUGCGGCGAGAACGAGUGAAAUUCUAGACACUAUGGAAGUUAACGAAUGGAACUGGGUCAAAUCGGAGUGGAACGUCACAGAUGAUGGCACGAAAUGGACCGGGCAGGUGCAGAUGAAGUCCGACGAUCGCUGGUUCCUAGGGCCGGACAUUUUGCCUAGGGCAUUUUUGCAGAAAGCGGAGCGAGAUUGA